AUGUUCCAUUUGGCUCAAGGUUUGUAUAAUAAUUGGACAAGGAAGGAACAAUACUCAAUUCUGAUAUUAGGUUUAGACAAUGCAGGUAAGACAACGUUUCUAGAGACCUGUAAAAAGGAAUAUAAUAUGACUUCGAAAGAUUUAAAUAAAAUUACACCCACGGUAGGGCAAAAUGUUGCUACAAUCCCCGUGGAUAAUAAUAAACGGUUAUUAAAAUUUUGGGAUGUUGGUGGUCAAGAAACUUUAAGAGCCAUGUGGUCGGAAUAUUAUUCUCAAUGUCAUGGGAUUAUAUUUGUUGUUGAUAGUUGUAAUAGUUUGAGAUUGGAUGAAUGUAGUGAGACUUUAAGAUCCAUUGUAAUGGAUGAAGAUAUCGAAAGUGUUCCAAUAUUGAUGUUGGCAAAUAAACAAGAUAAACCUGAACGAAUGGAAGUUCAAGAUAUUAAAGAAAUAUUUAACAAAAUUGCAGAACAUUUGAGUGCAAGGGAUAGUAGAGUAUUACCUGUAAGUGCACUUACUGGAGAAGGUGUAAAAGAUGCCAUAGAUUGGAUGGUUAUAAGGGUUCAAAGGAAUAAAAAAAUAGACCUCCAGUUUAUCGAUGAUACGAAAGAUGACCACAAAAUGUGUUAUAUUAUAAAUAUAAUAAAAGAUAGUAUUACGGAUCGUUCUAUAUCAUAG